CUUGCACGGCAAAACACCACAUUUCAAACCUCGCCACUUCCAUAUUUAUGAUAUCUCUGCACACUUCUCUUUAACAAGUAUUCCCCCCACACAUCAAAUAACAUGGUACAAUCAAAGAAGUUCAGAGGUGUCCGGCAGCGUCAGUGGGGCUCUUGGGUUUCUGAAAUUCGCCACCCUUUACUGAAGAGGAGGGUGUGGCUGGGGACAUUCGAGACGGCCGAGGCGGCUGCGAGAGCAUACGAUCAAGCUGCGAUCUUGAUGAAUGGGCAAAAUGCAAAGACCAAUUUUCCCAAACCACAACUCGAUGGUGGUGACACAAAUGUUGGUGAUGAUGACGAGUCUCCAUUGCCUCCCAAGGCACUAUCUGAGCUUUUGAAUGCUAAGCUCAGAAAGUGCUGCAAAGAUCAAUCUCCUUCUCUUACUUGCCUUAGGCUUGAUACCGAUAAUGCUCAUAUCGGGGUGUGGCAGAAACGUGCCGGGACUCGAUCGAGUUCGAAUUGGGUCACGAGGGUCGAACUUGGGGGUAAUAAUAAGAAGAAGGAGGUUAAUACGCCGGUGUCGGAAGAUGGGACGGCACUGUCGUCAUCUUCGAACAUGGCCGAAGAGAUCGAAGGUGGAAGCCUAAUGGGAGAGGAAGAUAGGAUUGCAUUGCAGAUGAUAGAAGAAUUACUCAACUGGAAUUCUCCUAGUGGAGUUUAUUAAGUGUUUUAGCCAAAGUCAUAUAUCCUUGGAAUAGCUUGUAAA